AAAAUUUGGAAUUUUUCAGAAUAAAAGUUUUCAAGCAUACGAUAUAAAUAUACAUAUUGAUGAAGAAAAACAAUAGAUUGCAGUAAAGAGAUAGUAGUAGCUAAUAGCUAUAUAGACGAAGUGAGACAGUUACAAAGGUUGUACUAUACAAAACAUAUUGUCUUGUUGCAAAAAUGGGUUCUCGCCAAAUACAACAAGAACCAUGGUUAUUGGAGAAUGGUAAUCCAAAGGUUUUGACAAAGGAAGCUAGACAUGGACAUGGAAGAAGUCGAACAGCACAUAACAUGUCUUCUUCUUCCUUACGCAAGAAAUCUGAUCAUACUCUUGUGUCUAAGGUUCGAUGUGUUUUGCUUAGGAAUUUUUUGGUUAAUCUCCAAGAGGUUGUUCUUGGUACCAAACUUUCCAUUCUCUUUCCUGCUAUCCCUGCUGCCAUUUUGUCUCAUUACUUUGGCUUAGGACAAUCAUGGGUUUUUAUAUUGAGCUUGCUUGGGCUUACUCCACUUGCUGAACGUGUGAGCUUCCUCACUGAACAAAUUGCAUUCUACACUGGUCCUACAGUUGGAGGACUUCUUAAUGCAACAUGUGGGAAUGUUACUGAACUCAUUAUAGCAAUAUUUGCUCUUACUAGCAACAAAGUUGCUGUGGUUAAGUAUUCACUUUUGGGUUCUGUCCUUUCAAACCUUCUUCUUGUUCUUGGAACCUCUCUACUUUGUGGUGGCGUUGCAAAUCUUGGACAGGAACAAAAAUAUGACAGAAGACAAGCAGAUGUGAACUCACUUAUGCUGCUUUUGGCAUUGUUAUGCCACUUGCUUCCAUUACUAUUCAGAUACAGUGAUCCCUCUGCUGAUCUCACUGUUGAACCUUCCCUCUACUUGUCAAGAUCUGCUAGCAUUGUUAUGUUGGGUGCAUAUUUUGUUUACCUAAUCUUUCAACUAUGGACACACAGACAAUUAUUUGAAGCUGAAGAAGAAAAUGAAGGUGAGAACAAUGAGUCAGAUGAACAGGCUGUGAUUGGAUUUUGGAGUGGAUUUGCUUGGUUGGCUGGAAUGACUGUGUUCAUUGCUUUGUUGUCUGAAUAUGUGGUGGAUACAAUUGAGGAUGCAUCAGAUUCAUGGGGUUUAUCUGUGAGCUUCCUCAGCAUUAUCUUGCUGCCAAUAGUAGGCAAUGCAGCUGAACAUGCAGGAGCAAUCAUUUUUGCUUUCAAGAACAAGCUUGACAUAUCCUUAGGUGUUGCAUUGGGUUCAGCUACUCAAAUUGCUAUGUUUGUGGUUCCUCUGUGUGUGAUUGUUGCUUGGAUAAUGGGUGUGAACAUGGACUUGAACUUCAACCUCCUUGAGACAGGUUCUCUUGCUUUGGCAAUUAUAGUUACAGCCUUCACUUUACAGGAUGGUACUUCUCACUACAUGAAAGGGGUUAUUCUCUUGCUUUGCUACUUUGUUAUUGGAGCUUGCUUCUUUGUACAAAGAACAGUCACAACAGACCAAAAUGAUGUUACUAAGAUCAAUAUUAAGUCGGUCACUGAUGCAGUUUUAAGUGCCUAAUAGGCUUUGGCCUAUUUUGGCUUCUUCCAUAAAUGAAGGAUGGUUGUAUCCAAAUUCAAUACAUUGGUUAUUGGUUCAUUUUCGAUUAUUUUGUGACAUCCAGAUAGGAGGGAAGAAAAUGUUUGCAGUGGCUUGGCAUUUUAAUUGAAGACUUUGUGAAUAGACCUCUAAGAUUUUAAAUCAUGUUCUAUCACAAAGUUGUGUCCUAUAUUGGUACAGAAUUCAAGGGGUUGUUUUUUGAUGGUGCAUUUUAUUGUAUAUUGAAUAAAUGGAAUUUGUUCUCAUGAGUUUGAGUUUGCUAAAGCAAGAAUCCCUUUUGAAUUGUUGAAUUUCUUAUCAUUUAAUUA